CUACUUGUAAAACUUGUGCCAAAGCGGGAGCAAGAAAAGAAAAAACCUGAAAAGGAGAGCCUCCUCUGAGUCCUCUCCCCCUCUCCAGUCUCCACGACUCCACCUUCAAACACUUCUCCCUCCUGCGCUGCGCCGCUUCUCAGCUGUUACAGAGGAAAAAGCGCUCUCUCUCUCUCUCUUUAAAUUCUCAAAAAAUACUGCCCACGCAAGGACGCACCCACCCCUGCCGUUGCCGUCUCUUCAGGGUUAUAAAAAUGGAGAAAGAGAAUUCCGGCAUGGAUAUUUCAAUUGGAGAAAAAGUCAUUCCAGAGCACAACAAUGAUGAUAGUAAUGAAGUGACUUCAAAACCUAAGGAUGUUGACGGGGAAACUUCUGAAGCUGUUGAUGAUAAUGAUGAUGAUGCCGAACCGUCCGCCGACCAAAAAGGAGUUGCUAAGAAGAAGAAGAAGAAAAAUAAAAGCAAAAAAAAGAAAGAAGCGCCUCAACAAACUGACCCACCAUCCAUUCCUAUUCUCCAGCUCUUCCCAUCUGGAGAGUUUCCCGAGGGUGUAAUCCAGCAGUACAAAGACGACAACUUAUGGAGGGUGACUUCUGAAGAAAAGAGAGAGUUGGAGCGUCUUCAAAAGCCCAUUUACAAUUCAGUUCGCCAAGCUGCUGAAGUUCAUCGACAGGUUCGGAAAUACAUCAGAAGCAUUGUGAGGCCAGGGAUGUUGAUGACUGACUUGUGUGAGACUUUGGAAAAUACAGUUCGUAGAUUGAUAUCUGAAAAUGGACUACAAGCUGGCAUUGCCUUUCCUACCGGUUGCUCUUUAAAUUGGGUUGCUGCCCAUUGGACACCAAAUUCUGGAGAUAAAACUGUGCUAGGGGAAGAUGAUGUGAUGAAGCUAGAUUUUGGAACUCAUAUUGAUGGAUACAUUGUUGAUUGUGCUUUCACUGUAGCAUUUAAUCCUAUGUAUGAUCCACUACUAGAGGCUUCACGUGAAGCAACUUAUACAGGGAUCAAGGAAGCUGGAAUUGAUGUUCGACUUUGUGAUGUUGGGGCUGCUAUCCAAGAAGUGAUGGAAUCAUAUGAAGUCGAAAUUAAUGGCAAAGUUUUUCAAGUUAAGAGCAUCCGUAACCUGAAUGGACAUAGCAUUGGCCAAUACCAGAUCCAUGCUGGAAAGUCUGUACCUAUUGUGAAGGGUGGUGAGCAGACAAAGAUGGAAGAGGGGGAAUUCUAUGCUAUUGAAACGUUCGGAUCUACAGGUAAAGGAUAUGUCCGAGAAGAUCUUGAGUGCAGCCAUUACAUGAAAAACUUCGAUGUUGGAUAUGUUCCGUUGCGAUUACCUAGAGCAAAGCAACUAUUGGCAACCAUCGAUAAAAAUUUCUCUACGUUAGCUUUCUGCAGGAGAUAUUUGGACCGUCUUGGGGAGACUAAAUAUCUGAUGGCACUGAAGAAUUUGUGUGAUGCUGGCAUUGUCCAGCCCUACCCUCCUCUAUGUGAUGUGAAGGGUAGCUAUGUGUCUCAAUUUGAACAUACAAUCUUACUCCGUCCUACCUGCAAAGAGGUUGUAUCAAAAGGUGACGACUAUUGAUAUCAGAUUACACUGGAGCUGGAUGCUGGUUGUAUACUAGUCUUUCAAAUUUUAGCAACUUCAUGAUCUCAAUUUCUAUUUUUGAUCCAUUUUCUUCAUGUUGAUACAUAUUUUAUGUGUACAAGCAAAUAUGUGCCACCUCUGUGUUUUUUUGUAUGUUAAGUACGUUUCUAUUGGCUUGUAGUGCAAACAAAUAUUCAGGCAUGACUUUGGAGCUGCAAUUGAUUUGAUAUGAGGACCAAAAAGAAAUCAUUUCAUGGAGUACAAACUCUUGUUUUCCGUAUUUUAUGAAAUGAAUUUUCCACUCA